GUCAUUACUGAGCCUAAGAGCCUCGCUGGAAAUGAGCAGCACCCUGGCACCCGUCUGCAUCCUCUUAGCCUUUGUGGCAGCUGGUUAUUGUCUGUCUUGCACAAAUUGUGUGAAUAAGGAUGGAACAACCUGCUCUGGCGACGCUGUGACCUGUCCAGCUGAUCAAGUCUGCGCAGCUCUGCUCAGUUCCAAAAUUACAGCUGGAAAGAAUGACAUUAAAGAGUUUGCAAGUUUCUGUGCACCAAAACAAGAAUGCGAUGUAUCUGGGAGUAUAAGUUUUCCCCCAUCUUCCAAGAAGAUAUUCGCCUCAUCCUGCUGCUCCACGGACAAGUGCACUCCGGCUACACCCACACUACCAGAUAAUAAGGACCAACCCAAUGGAGUGACUUGUCCAACCUGCAUCUCUGAUUCUAGCAAAUGUAUUGAUGAAGGAAAUAUGCAGUGCACUGGGAGUGAAGACAUGUGCUUUGCUGGAAAAACAACAGAAACAUCCAGCCCUGUAGAGGUCCGUGGAUGUGCAUCUAAAAGUGCCUGCGAUAUUGCCAGCAAGAGCCAAGAAUCCAUCUUUAAACACCUGAAUAUCACAGCAAACUCUCCGUGCACCAGUGGAUCUACCAAAGAAGUCACUGGAGAAACCAACAAAGCAACUACUGAAGCCACCAAAGGAACCAUUAAUGAAGUAACCAACAAAGCCACUACUAAAGACACCAAAGAAGCCAUUAAUGAAGUAACCAACAAAGCCACUACUAAAGACACCAAAGAAGCCAUUAAUGAAGUAACCAACAAAGCCACUACUGUAACCACCAAUGGAGCCUUCCAGCAUCAUCAAGAAUUCCUUCUCCCAGUAGCUAUUGCUUCUGCACUAAUUACAUUCAUGUUUUUUAGGAUAAAAUAAUUCCUGAUUUAAAAGGGCUUGUUUAUUUUGCCCGAGAGCAGUAUGUAAUAUUACUAUAUAAGUAGUAUAUUUGUAUCUGAAAAAGUAUAGUCAUUUUUUGGUGUUCAUAUAAGGUAGCUAUUAUGUUUAAUUACUGAUAAAACACUCAAGACACUUAGAAACAACAGAUUUACCCUUUGUCAGGAAGGUUUAUUUAGAUUUACUGGGUUGCUGGGUUAUAUAAAAUGGGUUAUUUUGUGACAAUCGCUUACAAUCUAAUCUAACACAGUUACUAUAUUUUUUAAUGGCACGCUGAAAUAUUCUAAUGGUUAAACACAAAAUAUUAACCUGUGGAAAGGGAAGUAAUAAUCUGUACUUAGCAAUCAGAUUGCUUCAUGACUUAUUUAUUUAAGUUAAAUAUAAAUUAAAUAAAUUAUUGGAUAAAAAUUACCUUACUGCUA